UCAUCCUCAUCCUCAGCCACGGCCAUGGCUCAGAUGCUGGUUCUGAGCCCCCUUAUCCUGGUCCUGGCCUUCUGCAUCCCUCAAAUCCAAGGCAGUGAUGGAGGUGCUCAGGACUGCUGCCUCAAGUACAGCCAAAAGAAGAUUCCCUACAACAUUGUCCGCAGCUACCGGAAGCAAGAACCAAGCUUAGGCUGCCCCAUCCCAGCGAUCCUGUUCUCGCCCCGGAAGCGGUCUCAGCCAGAGCUGUGUGCAGACCCUAAGGAGGACUGGGUGCAGAAGCUGAUGCAGCGUCUGGCCAAAUCACCAGCCCCACCAAAACCAGAUCAGGGUUGUAGGAAGAACAGGGGAGCCUCCAAAUCUGGAAAGAAAGGAAAAGGCUGUAAGAGGACUAAGCAGACACAAACCCCAAAAGGACCAUAGUCCAGUGACCAACCUGGAGCCCAGGAAGCCCCUACCAACCUCACCAGGACUUGGAGCCCCAAUGCAAGGGGCAAGAAGGGGGCUAGAAGAGAGGAAGGACUCAGGAGCCCCAGAGCAGUCACACACAGCCCCCUGCUGGCCUCAUUACACCCCAUUUCCUGCUUCAACCAUUCUAUCUGCAUUUCCAUCUUGACCUUGUAUGGCUGAGUUGCCCAUGCUGGACCAGGUCCAGAGAGGCAGAAGAAAGAAAGUCUCCCAGGGAGUGAGGGAGGAGACAGCAGGACUGUCCCCUUUGGGAGGUCACCCAGGAUCCAAGACCUGUCCCUGCUCCCCAUUGCACUCUACCUUUCCCUUGUAAAUGUGAUUUAUACCUAAGUGAAUAAAAAGUUAU